AUGUACGGACUUAAGCAACUGGCUCUGUUGAGCUUUAUGCUCCUAUCGGUUUCUGCCACUCAGGAUACAACUCGGACAAUGGUUGGCAUUGAAACCACCGAAACCAGCAAGGCUAUGGAUGUCCUCUUGGAUGAUUGUCACGAAGUAGAACAAGAUGAGGUUCUCACCAUCUCGGUCAAAAAGUACUGUCGCGUUUUCACUGGUCCCGAGUGCACUGGUCGAAACUCACUGCUUCCCCCCGGCGACCAUUCGAACACCGAUCCAGUACCUAUCGAGUCCAUUUAUUGCCAUGCAAAGCGUCCCUACUAG